AUGAAGAUUCCCGAGGCGAUAAGAUGGUUGUGGUAUGAUGGUUUCACAAAAUUGAUGAGUAUUGAAUGCAUUGAUGGACUUGCAACCGUCCUUAGUCCACAGCGUUAUGAGAAAGUUUUGAAGAAGGAAAUACUUGGAAAUAUGUCUUCUUCUUCACCGCUUGGAACAUCCGAUGAUAAUAUUAAGGUAGAGGGAACUCUUAGUGAUGCAGUUGGAAGUAGACCCAAGAAGAGACUUCGAAGAGAGGUUGUUGAUGCUAUACCUGAAGAUGGCAGUGGUGGUUUCAUCAUUUCUGAAGGCUGCAGGAAAAUGUCCAUUCUGAAUGAAGGCUGUCCUUCUAUAUCCUUAUCAUGGCAAGAUUCAAGGAUGCUAAUCCGUACGCAAUAUUUGAGUAUUGGUUCUCAAGUUGAAGUGCUUUCUCAAGAUAUUGGCAUCAGAGGUUGCUGGUUCAGAGCUUUGAUUAUCCAAAGGCACAAAGAUAAGGUCAAAGUGCAACAUCGAGAUAUCAAGGAUGCAACUAAUGAUGCAAAAAAUCUGGAGAUGAAUAUGUUGUCAUAUUACGUGUUUCCUUUAUGA